AUGCCUUCGCCACAUGGCUUCCCUGACAUUAUCAGAAGGCCUGGCACCGCUGCCACCACCUCGCCUGAUCUGCUCAAGCCGCCCCUGCCCACGCUCCCGACCAGCUUUUCCCAGCACGUCAAGGACACCGAGGUCCAGGUACCGCCUUUGAUUGCCGGCGCCCUCGUCGCCGCCUUUGCCAACUCGCUUGCCGAUGGCCUCGACAAUGCCCUCCUCACCCACUACUACCUCGAAGACCAAAAAGUCAAAAUCAACCUCGACCGUGUCAUUGAUCGCCUCAUUUCCGACUUCUGCGGCCAGAUAUGGGACGAGCUCUACCAAUUCUAUCAUAGCGACUCGACCGCCUCUCAGCCCAGCAGUCAGGUCAUUCUUCUUUUCGAAGGCCCGAUUCGCCAAAUCAUUCUUAUCCUCAACGGGCCCGAAACUUCGCGCUGCGUCCUUGACCGUCUCGGCCCCAGCCUAUCCCAGCGUAAUGUGACUUGGUCUGCCAAUGCCGGCGGGAUUGACCUGCCUCUGGCCCUCCAGCUCAUCUGCGGAUUCUGGCAUCGCGAAUUUCCAGACGUUUCCCCUGGCGGCUACCCAGAGCAAAUCGCCCGCACCCUGCAUUCUCUCAUCAUCGACGGCCAAGCAUCCAGCCGCCUCAUUUCCGAAAUAGACCGCGUUCUUCUCUCCCCCAACUAUGUACAAGUUCACAUGGCCGAGUCGGCCAUUUGGGACGUAAUUCGCAGACGGCCAUUUCCUCCACCGACUGACGGUUAUCAAUUGAUCCAAUUCAAAUUCGACUGUCAGCUUUUCGGACCCCUGGAUGGUAUUGGCGACCCGCAACUAGUCAAUCUCGGCUCCUUGGGUGCUAUUACCGGUACCGCUAGCAGCUGCGUAUACACCACCGUCGCCGAUUACGUUGCUAAGCAAUGGCCCAAAUGCGGUCGGCUGCUACUGAAAUGCUUGGAAGAAGCAGUAACAAACGCAUCAGCUUCGCAUCAAUCCGACGAUCCCUGUCCCGGCAUGUCUGUAUGGGACAGCACUGACGAGGACUCGGUCUUUUGCCCCGGUCUGCGCCUGAUUCAUUUGGAAGUCGAAGAAAAUGCGAUUCGCGUUAGCGCCUCGGCAUGGACGCACACCCUCAUUGAGAUUUUUCAGCAAAUGUGCUGGAUGUGUGCCACCCUCAGCGCAUCGCCUUUUCCCGGUGGAUCACUAUCCGAAUGCGCCGUUGUAGUGUCGGACUGGGCAUACCAAGAUGGCUCCGUCUAUAUGGACUGCAGCCUUGCGCAUAAACCAGUACAGGAGGACGAAAGUAUGACGUGGCUGGAGCAGUAUGGUGGUGCGGCGAUAGCAUCCGGCUUUCCUCUGGGGGAAUUCACGACACCGCAGAGCACAUAA